CACCCGCCAUGUCGGCGCCCACCGUCGCCGGCGGCGAGUCGGCCGGCGAGCUGUUCCUCCGCGCGGCGGCGCUGGUGCCCGCGGAGCACUACGCCCUCGCGGCCCUCGCCGUCCUGUCGGUCUUCGGGUACCGGUUCCUGGAGCUCCACGUCCUCGGCGACCUCCUCCGCGGCUUCCGCGGCGGCCGCGUCGAUCUCGUCUUCCACCCCGCUUCCGAGAUCUACCACUGCGUCGCCUCCAAGUGCCGCUCACUCCACGCCAGGUACCUGGUGACGCCCUGGCUUGCCAGCCCGCAUUUGCAGACAUUGUUCCUGGGAAUCGGGAGACCGCCUUCAUUCACGUACAACAGGCAGUUGUAUACAGUUCGUGAUGGUGGAACCGUUGCUUUGGACUGGUUUUUGGCCUCUGAUUUGGAGGAUGCAGAUGGGAUCAUUUCUCAAGAUGCUUCAACACCCCUUGUAGUUGUGGUCCCUGGAUUAACUAGUGAUUCUGAUUCUGCGUAUGUAAAACACCUGGUACAUUCUAUGGCGAGAAAAGGGUGGAAUGUUGUCGUAAGCAACCACAGGGGUCUUGGAGGUGUGUCCAUCACAUCAGAUUGCUUGUACAAUGGUGGAUGGACAGACGAUGUCCGAGAAAUUAUUAAUUAUCUCCAUCACAAGUAUCCAGAGGCUCCGAUAUUCUGUGUUGGCACAAGCAUAGGUGCCAAUAUCCUGGUCAAGUAUCUUGGAGAAGAAGGUGAGAAUACUCCUGUGGCUGGUGCUGCAUCUAUUUGCAAUCCAUGGGAUCUGGUGGUGGGUGAUCGGUUUAUUUCCCGUAAGCUGGUGCAGCGGAUUUAUGACAGAGCCCUUUCAUUUGGGCUAAAGGGCUACGCAAAGUUACAUCAACCUGUUUUGGCACGACUUGCAAACUGGGAAGGUAUUAAAAAGUCACGCUCUAUCCGGGAAUUUGACCACCAUGCCACUUGCAUUGUUGCAAAAUAUGAGACUGUGGAUACUUACUACCGCCGGUGCAGUAGUGCUAGUUACGUCGGUACCGUGUCAGUUCCCUUGCUUUGUGUCAGUGCUUUGGAUGAUCCCCUUUGCACAAGAGAGGCAAUUCCUUGGGACGAAUGCAGAGCGAACAAGAAAAUCAUUUUGGCAACUACACCAAAUGGUGGCCAUCUCGCAUUUUUUGAAGGACUAACUGCUAGAAGACUAUGGUGGGUCAGAGCUGUGUCCGAGUUCCUCUCUGCUCUGCAUGACAGCUCUUACAUGCAUCGACAAAAGGCAGAAGAUCAUGUUUUGCAUUCUUUGUUGGAGUCGUCCAUUGAUAAGAGCCCAUAUGUCAAUUUUCUGGGAGAUGGAAUGGUAGCCCCAGCGACAGAUGAUGGUCCCGUCAAUGACGGCCCACCUUGUAGCCAGAUUGUCAAUGAAUUAAAACUGAAUAAUGGGGUGAAUGAUACGCAACAGAAUGAACACGCCAAGGAAGCUGAGAUCAAAAGCGGCAUACAAGUAGAUGCAGUGCCUGCCCAAAGCCCAGCAGGAUCUGCGAAACAGCAAGGAGAGAAGGCUAAUAAAAUCCAUGAUGCCAUUGCUCCGGUAAAGAGAUCCAUAAACCGGCUCACUCGUUACCAAGGGAGGUCAGUCUGGCUGCUCGCGUACAUAUCUUUUGUAACAUCGUGGCCGCUCCUUGGCUCCCUAGCUUUCAUCGUGUUCAGGAAAAAGUUCAGAAAUCCUUUUUCUGCCAAAUAGUAAUGAAAAUAAGUGUACUGCCGUCAGCUCAGGCAUAUUCAUUCCAUUUGCACCAUGGUCUGUACAGCCAUUUGAUUUCACUCAGUUCUUCAGUCAUAUGUACGCCUUGGUGCAAAGGCCAGAAAAAAUAAGCGAAAUUUCUUUCAAAAAGAAAGAAAGAAUAUGUACACCUUCCUUCGGCUACAUUUGUUCAAACAAUUAUGCUGAUAAGAUGCUAGAUUGUCCUGCCACUAA